AUGAGUGUCUCAAGUAGAUUAAAGGAAACCUCUAAUUGGAUGAGUUCAAUGUUUAAUAUCGUCAGAGAUCCAAAAGCAUCAGAGUCAGCAUCAUUUUCAAAUAGAGUUAGCUCAGCAGCAACACCACCAAGAAGAUCAAGUUCAACUACUACCACAACUACUACUACCACUACCACCACAACAACAACAUUAUCAUUCGAAGAGGCAUCAAAAAUCAAUGAAAAUAAAUUAAAUAAAAAUGUAGCACCACAACAAUCAUUAUCAUCACAAAAUAAAGAGGAUUUAAAAAAAUUACUUCAACAACAAUUAUCAGAAAUGAAAUUAAAAAGACAGGGUAAUAAAGACCAACCAAAUAAAAGAUUAAAAGACAACGAAGGAAAUAAAAAAGAUAUUGUAUCUAAUAAAUCAUCUGUAAAUAAUAAAUCUGCAAACACCAAUAAUAAAAACCAAAAUAAUAAAAGACCAUUGGAAGAAGAGGAAGAGGGUGAAGAAUAUGGCAGCGAUGAAAAUAAUAUUGAUGAAGAUGACGUUUCAGAAGAAGAAGAGGAAGAGGAAGAAAAACAAAGUAAUGCAGAUUAUGAUGAUUAUGAUUUAAACUCAGAGUCAGGUUCCGAAAUGGAUUUAAUAAAUAAUAAAAAUUUAAAUAAAGAAAAUAGAAAGAAACAAGAGGAGGAUUUACAAUUUAGCACAUUUGAUUUUAGCAGUGGUAAAGCAAUUCCAACUUAUUUAUUAAAUAAAGGUAGAAAAACAAGUAAAAAAGAGUUAUUAGAAAAGGCUGAAGAAAAAGAAAAAAUUUUACAAAAUGCCAAAAAGAAAGGUGCCAGUAAAGAGUUACAAGAGGCAGCAGAUGCAAUUCGUUGGGGUUCAGCAUUUGAUAAAGUUCAAGGGAUCAAAGUUAAGGAUGAUCCAUCUCUCUUAAGAAAAUCAAUUAAAAAAGUCGAAAAAACAAAACUCAAGAGUGCUCGUGAAUGGGUUCAAAGAAAGAAAGAAAAAGACGAAAGAUUAAAACAACGUAUUGCCAAACGUGAAGCAAACAUCCAAGCUAAAAUAAAGGAGAAGAAAGAAAGAAAAAUGGGUAUCAAAAAGAAGAAACCAACCAACAACAAUAACAACGGAGGUGGCUUAAAACGUGCUGGAUUUGAAGGAAAGAAACAAAAGUUUAUAAAUAAGAAAUAA